UGGGCCCCGCGCGGAGAGCGGAGCAUCGUGGGGAGAGGCGGGGUGCGGCGGAGGGAGGGGGCGCGGCGCGGCUGACGUGGGCCGGGGUCGGCGCGGCGGGCCGUGGGCGGCGGCGGCGCGCAGAGACACGGCGAUCGGGGGCGAGGACGAGCCGGCGCCGCGCCCGCACCUCCCCGCACAGCCCGCGCCGCGCGCCCCACGAGCGGCAGCCGCCGCAGCCGAGCAGAGCCGCGGCCUCUCCGCGCUCCAGCCGCUCCCGGCGCCGCCAUGGCCCCGGCCCUUUGGCCGCGCCUUGGCCGCAUCCUCUGGCUGGCCUGCCUCCUGCCCUUGGCCCCGGCUAGGGUGGCCGCAGGCUUGUAUGAACUUCACCUCACCACCGACGGCCCUGCCACCACGGGGGCAGAGGUGACCAUCACGGCCAGCCUGGUGGCCGAUGAUAACGGCAGCCUGGUCCUGCCCACGAGCACCCGCCUCUACCACUUCCACUGGAUCCACACCCCCCUGCUGCUCACAGGGAAGACAGAUGAGGCUUUCAGCUCCAGCAUCCGCGUCGUGGGGAGCGUGCCUGGGGAAUUCCCGGUCUCCGUCUGGGUCACGGCCGCCGACUGUGGGAUGUGCCAGCCUGUGGCCAGGAGCCUCCUUGUCCUCCCCAUCACAGGUUCCUGGCUGGGGGUGCAGAGCACUUCCUGGCAGGUGACAGGCACCUGUUGCCAGGAGGUCUCCUUCCCGACCCAGAUGGUGACCAAAGAUGCUACGGUCUAUUAUAACUACUCCAUCAUUGGGUCCUUCACUGUGAAGGUCAAGGUGGUGGCGGAGUGGGAGCAGGUAACGCCGGACGUCGGGAAGGGCAUCCUGCAGAAGACCGGCGACUUCUCCGCUUCGCUAAAGCUGCAGGAAACCCUUCGAGGCAUCCAGAUCUUGGGGCCCACCCUCAUUCAGACCUUCCAAAAGAUGAUAGUGACCUUGAACUUCCUGGGGAGCCCCCCUCUGAACGUGUGCUGGCGUCUUAAACCCGAGUGCCUCCCGCUGGAGGAAGGGGAAUGCCACCCUGUGUCAGUGGACAGCAUGGCUUACAACCUGACCCACAUCUUCAGGGAUCCUGGGGACUACUGCUUCAGCAUCCAGGCCGAGAACGUCAUCAGCAAGACGCAUCAGUACCACAAGAUCCAGGUGUGGCCCUCCAGCAUCCAGCCGGCUGUCUUUGCUUUCCCGUGUGCCACGCUUAUCACCAUGAUGCUGGCCUUCAUCAUGUACAUGACCCUGCGGAAUGCCGCUCAUCAGAAGGAUAUGGUGGAGGUGGCUGAUUUUGACUUUUCCCCCAUGUCUGACAAGAACCCGGAGCCGCCCACUGGGGUCAGGUGCUGCUGCCAGAUGUGCUGUGGGCCCUUCUUGCUGGAGACACCGUCCGAGUACCUGGAAGUCGUCCGCGAGCACCAUGGGCUGCUGCCGCCCCUCUACAAGUCCGUCAAAACUUACACGGUGUGAGGACCUCCCCCCACCCCACCCCAUUUCAGCGUUAACUGACUGCCGACUGGGAGGGUGGGGCAGGGUGGCGCACACCACCCAGCAGGAGGGGUUCCCGUGUGCAGGGCCGUCCGUCCUUGACGGCCGUCCAUCUGUACAGGCCAGCUGCCUCCACAAGCGCCCUUGCGUCACACCCCCCAGCCAUCCCCCCAUCUGUACAGUCGCAAGUCCCUCUCAGUCAGCCCACCCCACCCCUUGCCUCUGAAGAGGCCCCAGGCAGGACUCCAACACCGGAUGUGGUCCCCAUUUGCUCCUACAUGUGCGCAGCUGCCCCCCGCCCGUUCCUCCUCUCCUGGCACAUGUGCCGUCCGUCUGGGUUCACACUUCCCUCCCCCAGACAGCCCUGCCUGAGUCAGAGCUGGGAGGAAGGUCACAAAUGGCUAAUUUAAGGCUACAUCACGAAAGGUCAUACAUACAGAGACAAGCGAGCACACACGUCACUCAGACAUUUCGGAUGAUUUCCUCUGUAUCAGUGAGUUGGUUGUACCCUGAAUCAGGACUAAGAUGAAAUCUGACCUUUCCCACAUGGCCUCGACAGCUCCUGGGCCUGGCUCCUCCCUUUGUGUGCUGUCCCUGUGGCUACUGGGUCCCUUUCUAAGGAUGCCCUGUUCCCUGUCUGCUUGCUGGGGGUUGGGUGGGGGCAGGGCUGAUGCUUUGUGAGUGUGAAGUGCUUUAUAAAUAGCACCUUCUUUUAUUGAGUCCAUGUUAAACUUUCAUUGAGGAAAAGGCUUUGCAGCAAAAGAAGAGUCAAGCCAAGAGGACUUGGGUUCCCUGGGGCGGGGUGGGGAGACAGUAUUCUUGCCUCCCCCCCCCCGCCCCCAGCGACUCCCAGGGUGGCUUUGGGAAGAAAGAGGUGGGAUUGGAUGGAGCCCAGGGUUGGGGGCCAGCUUGCUCCUCUCUCUUUGGCCCAGCGGCCUGGGGAAAGCAGAGCAUGUGCAGAGAGCAUGUUAUGGGUACUGAGGGAGGCCACAAUUAGGUCCCCAUUGAACUGCAGGAGUGGGGAGCAACCUGGGCCUGUCUGGGGAGGGGAGGCAGGACCUGGGGCGGGGGUCGAGCUCUGUUGCUAUCAUCGUUUGCUCUCAGACUUUGUGCUGAAAACAGCGUUUCCACGGUUGUGCAGCUCAUACUCAUGACAUCCUGCCAUUA